AUGUCUUUUCGGAAGCGCAAUAUUGGAGUAUCGACCGGAAUUGAUCGAAACGCCGCUCCUACUGCUGUCGCACAAGCAGCUCUGCCCGAGUCGAACCCAGGUGUGCGCCCCUCCCCAGAUGAUGGACGACCUACAACCUCAACUGGGUGCCCGUCGCUAGACGGUCUUCUGGCGGGCCAUGCGGGUCUUCCUAUGGGGAAAAUCCUUCUGAUUGAGGAGAAUGGGACUACGGAGUUUGCCGGGCAAUUACUUCGAUACUAUGCAGCAGAGGGAGUGGUGCAGGAACAAAAGAUCCAUGUGGUUGGAAUGCCCGAACAAUGGGGUCGGAGCUUGCCCGGUCUGAUUGGGACCGCAGACAUUCUGGAAGGAAAGAGGUCAGACAAGCGCAAAGAUGAACGUAUGAAAAUUGCUUGGCGAUACGAGCGACUGGGUGAAUUUGGCGCUGGCAUCGCAGGCUCUCGCGAUGCGCCACCACAGACCGGAGACUCCGAUGGCGCACAGAAGCCACAGCAAGCUUUCUGCCAUGCGUUUGACCUCACUAAACGAUUCACCCAUCCGUCUAUUACCAACAUGACCUUUAUUCCGCUCACGCCGUCGAAGGAGUCACCGUACGCCUCCAUAUUGAAGCGCCUGCAAUCCGCCAUCCAAUCCUCUAGCCCAAGCACCAUCCAUCGGAUCGUCAUUCCCUCUCUGCUUAACCCUGGCCUGUAUCCGCCAGAUGCUUCCCGACCGGAAUAUGUGCUGCAGUUCCUCCACUCACUGAAAGCGCUUAUGACCACACAUUCCAGCCGCGUAACAGCGAUGCUCACCCUUCCUCUGACGUUAUUCCCCCGCUCAUCCGGACUGGUCCGCUGGAUCGAGCUCCUUUGCGAUGGAGUCAUUGAGCUCUGUCCGUUCCCUCAUUCGGCCGAUGCCUUGGCGACCUCGGGGGCUGCGACCUCGGAAGAAGAACCUCCGCAGGGUAUGCUGAAGACACACCGAUUGCCGGUGCUGCACGAGCGCGGGGGUGGAAAUGACCAGAACAUCGGACAGGAUUGGGCAUUCAACUUGAGUCGUCGGCGCUUCGAGAUCAAACCCUUCAGCUUACCACCUGCAGAGGGUGACAAGGAGGCGCAAGAAGCAUCUGUCCCAAGCGGGAUGCCUAAGAAAGCCGACCUAGAGUUUUGA